GCUUGUUUGUUCCAUUGUAGUCUACUGCAUCAUCAGCAACUACCUAUUUUUUCUGAAUGCCGAGCCGUUCCUCUGAGUCGAUUGGUUUUGAAUAAGUGCAUACUAGCUUAUGAAAAAAGUUGGGUUCGGGCGGAACCGGUAGUGUAGGCCGACAGAAGACAGUUUUCCGUAUUUCAUCGACACUAUUUCACGAUGCACCACCAUAGGGUUGCAACAGCGGCACUCCUGGCGUGGAAUUUCGCAGCCGUGACCUCCUUUGCGGUUCGCGGCGGUUCCCGGAAUGUUCGAUGGGAGUUCACCGGCUCGGACCACAGGCGUUCGAACUGCCGCAUCUGGGAACAAGAACGCCUUUCGGCAACACACCGGGGGGAAAGCCACACGGAAUGCUCGCAGGGCCCGCUGCGGGUCGGUAUUGCAGGUGCCGGUGCCGUUGCGUUCGGGACGGCCUCGAUUCUCUCCAAGAACGGGCACGAGAGCAUUCUGUGGUCUCCGUCCGGGAAAGGAACGGCCGAUCUAGUAUCCAGGGACAACGGCAGCGGAGACGAGGGGCCGUCCACGGUUUCUUCCACGGGGGCACUGCGCCACGAAUUCGACCCAGAGAUCGCUUCGAGCGCCGAGGAAUUGGUGAAGAAGUCCGACGUGCUGAUCAUUGCCCUCCCCGCCAACGGACACAAACAGAUAUUCGAUGCCCUGGCGCCCCACCUGUCGUCGUCGUCGUCGGAUUCCUCGCCUGCGGCCGCUGGUGCUCCACCGAAAAAGAAGCACAUCAUUGUCUCGUCCCACGCCUCCUUUGGUGCGCUCUAUCUCUCCCAGUUUCUCCACCAGCUCGGCAACCACCACCACACCAUCACGUCCUGGGGCACCACGGUCUGUACCGCGAGACGCACGUCGGGCACAAGCGUCGACAUCAAAACCAUACGGAAAUCCGUCGACUCGAGCUGCCUUCCGGAGGGGGACUCGGCCUCGUCCCUGGAGCUCUGCGAGCGGCUCUUCCCGGACACGGAGUUCCGGCCGAGGGAGGGGCUGCUGGCCAUCACCCUGUCGAACCUGAACCCGCAGAACCACCUGGCCAUCGCCAUGGGCAACAUCAGCCGAAUGGACAAGGGAGAGGAAUGGUACCAGUUCCAAAACAUCACGCCAAAGAUCGGCGGCUUCCUCGAGGCCCUCGACAAAGAGCGGCUGGAGAUUGCCUCCGCACUGGGGCUGGACGUCAAGACGGUCUACGACCACUUUUCUCUGUCCUUCCACGUGCCGAUCCCCGCUUCGGGAUCGCUCUCGGAGAUGUGCCAGAACAUCUACGAAAAGGGCAACGACGUCCACGGCCCCACCGCCGCCGAUUCCAGGUACGUCACGGAGGACGUCCCCUACGGCCUGGCGCCCGUCGUGGCGCUCGGAAAGCUGGUCGGCCGGCCCGCCGUCCUCCACGAAUCGGGCAUGAGGAUCUGCGACGCCAUGUACGGGCGGAACUUCUCGGCCGAGAACGACCUCCUCGGGGCCAUCGGCCUCGAAACGAUCGGCCUGGACGAGCUCGGAGAGGCCGCCCGGACGGGCAAGCUGCCCGGGCAGCGGCUCCUCGCCGGCUCGAGACCGCUGUCCCCGGCCCAUACCCACGACGUUCAAGGGUAGGCCUCCCCGCGGCCGGGCUUGGCUUGGCUCGGAAGAUAGAUUCCCAUCCGGCACCCACGAUCGAAGGAUCUUUACGCCUCGCACCGAAUCCCGCAGCGCCAGACGCUAACGAAUAAUGCAGAGCAAACCCC